AAUACUAUCGAAGUGCUAAACAUAGUAACUGACUUGUAAAAAUGCACAACUCAUCUGCACCUCCUCACACUCACACCCCCCUCCUCCGUUUCCCGUUUCCCGUUUCUGUCUACCCUGUAUAAAAAAGUACUAACUUUUCUUUCUUCCGCUUUCUGCUCAGCGAUUCAUUCUCAGAGUCACACACACUUUCUUCAUCUUCAUACAUCACUGUCUCAUUAUCUUCUCUUCCUUGUUCUGGUGGCGCUUUUCAUUUUCAGAUGACAACAACUGGGUGAAACGUGAACGCCACCACCGAUCGGGGUUUGCCAAAAAAACCUUACAAUGGAGGUUGAAAGGGUGAGACAGUUGAUGCUCAUGUGGUGCAGAAUACGAAGCAACCGUGUCGCUCUUGUGGGUGGAAACCAUACCGCAGCCAGGAUCUCAUCUUAUCGAUGGAAUUUAGCACGAUGAAGAAGAAGAAGAAGAAGCAUUUGCACGAUGGAAGAACAAUUGCUCUCAACCCCGAAACUGAAACUUUCCUCGUUAUCAGGAUUCCCGAUGCGCUUGUUUUGCGCAUUGUGUCUCGCUCGUUGAUCGUGGCCAUGGUUCUCGCAGCCUUGCCUUUCUUGGGAACUGUUCUCGAAGGAUUCUAUUUCUCGUCCAGUUUUGUUCCCAAUCUCGACACUGGGUCUCUCGACGUGGGACUAUUGAAUUCGAUUCUCCAUGAUUUCGCUGAAGAGGGUCUCCUCAGAGAGAACGAUAAGGCACUCAUUGUGAACUCUCCCGUUCCCGAUAUCUUCAGAGAAAAGAUUGAUGCUGUCAUGAAUUCUGAUUGGGAGAGUAAGAGCUUGUUCGCUGAUGAGUCUUAUGAUUUUGUGUUCACCUCUGGUGCCAUUGAUGCUGAGUUUAUUGAUCGCAUUCUGAAAAAUGAUGGCAUUGUGGCUCUCCCGUUGGGGACUAAAUCGUCAAACUCUGCUUUCAAAGAACAAUCUAAUUAUAAGGUUGUUUCCCUUAAGCGAUAUGGGUUUGUUAUUGUUGCAUUGAAGAAAACUGGGCCAGCCAUUAGGUUGUUGGUAGAUUCUGAAUAUUCUUCCCCAAAGAGGAAGCUUUUGGCGAUAAAAACAAAGACAGGCCAAGGCGUGGGGUUAAUUAAUUGAACAUUGAAGCUUUUUAUUAGCUUGGUGUUUCUGUGAUGUGCUCUGCACUGUUUGUUACGACUACUUGGUUCGCUUCUAUCUUGUGUGUUUCGUUUCCGGUGUUUGGUUUGUUUCUGUUAUGCUUUGUGCUCCUAUUUACAUGGUGCUAUUGCUUAUGAUCUGAUAGUGCUAUAAAUAAAAGGCUUGUUAUCUUUAGUUCUUCUUUGCCUCUUUUCAAUCAUUGCGUUAUGUGAUCAAGUGUGUAAUGAGAUUAUAAUUAAUAAAAGAAUCUUAGUUUGGAGCAA